CACCGUACGCGCAGACAAGCCAAAAAUUUAACCCACCGCGCGCGGUUACACACGAGCCAGCUACCAGUAGCCGCGGCAGGCAGCAGCUCGAUCAAGCUGCCGCGCCGAGACAUCGGAGAAGAGCAGGCGCGUAGGUGCUGCCAAGGAGUAGUUAAGGCGCAGAUUUUUCACGCAUGCCGCGGGGACUCGGGCGUAGACAGUAGAGGCCGGGCGAUACAGCCGCGAUCUAUGGAUCUGGGCGCAUGGCGGGAUUCCCUCUAGGCGGAGGAGGCCACCACAGCCGCGGCGGACGCGACGACGACGGCAGCCACCCUCCCGGCAUCAACCCCUCCUCGUCUUCCUCCGCGGCCGCCUUCCUCUACGCCACCACCCCAUCGCGCGGCGGGUUCCAGCUAUGGCAGGGGCAGCCGCAGCCGCAGCACGAGCAGCAGCACCACCAGUUCUACGGCGGCGCCUCCUCCAGCAUCAUCCGCUUCGCCGAUGACCCGGCCGCAUCCGGGUCUUCGUCGCGGGGCGGAGGGAGAGGGUCUGGCGCUGGCGCGGGCGCGGGCACAAUCAGCUGCCAGGACUGCGGCAACCAGGCCAAGAAGGACUGCCCCCACAUGCGCUGCCGCACCUGCUGCAAGAGCCGCGGCUUCGACUGCGCCACCCACGUCAAGUCGACGUGGGUCCCUGCCGCCCGCCGCCGCGAGCGACAUCACCAGCAGCCGCAGGGGCAGACCUCCGCCGAGCCGUUCAAGCGCCCUCGCGAAGCCGGCCAGCCCUCCUCCACCACCCCUACCACUACUUCCUCAGGGGAGCAUCAGCAGCAGAUGAUGGCGGCCGACAGGUUCCCGCGGGAGGUGAGCUCAGAGGCGGUGUUCCGCUGUGUGCGGCUGGGCCCGGUCGACGAAGCCGAGGCCGAGGUGGCGUACCAGACCACCGUCAGCAUCGGCGGCCACGUCUUCAAGGGCAUCCUGCACGACGUAGGCCCAGACACCUCCAUCACCGGCGGGACCCGCACCGGUCACCACGCCGUCGAAGGUUCCUCCCCGAGCACGGCAGCUGCUGGCGGCGCCGAAGGAGGCAGCGGAUCUACGGGUGCCGCUGCAGUGUCGUCAUCGGCUGUGGUGAUGGACCCGUAUCCCACGCCCGGCCCGUACGGUGCUUACGGCGGCGCGCCAUUCUUCCACGGCCACCACCCGAGGUGAUCAUAGGCAAGGUCACCUCAUCGCGCGCUUUAGACGCCAUGCCUUGGUUCGCUUUACCGUUAACUCUGAAAUUCUUAGAUAAUGCUGCUGCUGCUGCGAUCAAUCGACAUGAUGGCUUCGAUUGAUCUUGUUGAUGCAUACAUAAAUUGAUGCGCUGGUUUUCUUUAGUUCAUCAGGUCAGGUCAGCUAAUAAAGCUGGAACUAGCUAGGGAACAAACAAUGAUUAAAAAUUGAAAUCUGACAGUUGAUUAGUUUGGCUGCCUGCUUUGCCUUGAUAGAGAAUGGUUUGAUUGAUAUACUCUCUCUCUCUCUCUCUCUCUCUCUCUCUCUCUCUCUCUCAUGCUGGUUUGCAUCAAUGGUGGCGAUGAUGCCGUUCCCUGGCCGUGGCUUACUACAGUUCUGGAUGCAUUUGCCUUUGCUCUUAAUACUACUACUAGGCCUACUAGGUAGCUUCUAAUCCUGUGUCUAGCUCUUCCAUAAGGUGUCACGCCUUUGCUUUAUCUUUGCUCUUCAAAAGCUGAGCCCUAGCACCCUAGCUAUAGGCUCUAGCUUGUACAACUAAUUACUUGGCUCUUCAUUUGGUCUGAACUCUGAAUAAUCGCUAUACUCUUGCUAUGCUAGAGAGAGAAAGAGAGAGAUAGAGAUAUAGAGGGAUUUUUUUAGGGGGUAGAACGGAGAGGAUUUAAUGUUGAGAUAUUUCUUCCGGUCAUCAUAUGCUCCAGGAUCAAAUGAUGAGAUGAUUGAGAGACAAAUAUAGUUGUGAUCUCCUCUCUUCAUAGGUUCGUGGUUUGAUUGUUUCUAACUCCGAGCUUUGAUACCAUCGGUGUCACAUUGCAUAGUAAUCUAUUCUCUUCAUUCGAACACUGUUUUUUUUCCAACACUCUUAUUAUGAUUUUCUCAAAUUAUAUCUAGAUUUUGUUCUGGAAUUGGUUUAGCAUCAGGUAUCGUAUAUUACCAUUCCCAGCUAAUUGUUCUGCACGUACCUCAUUUAUAUGUUGCAUGUCCUCUCCUCCCCAUGCUCCUCCAAAUUACCCUCAGUGGUAAACAUACCAACAGAAUCAAAGAUCUAAUCUACCCAUAAGGAAUCUAAUUAAUCUUGAUACAGUACGUUUUGAUAAGACAAAAGGCAAAUGCUUACACAGAGUUAUCUUGCUUGAGUCGCCUCUUCUGUUAGUUAACUACAAAUACUUCUAUGUCGUACCGGCUUCAUGUUUAGCAUUCUUUACCAUCUUCAAAGAUGGUCAUUUUGCAUUUGUUUGCCUUAAAGCAUAGAAUGUCCUUAUAGAGAAGCAGCUUCUAUUUUGGAACUUGGAAGAGGGAAAACCUUUGUUAGCUUCUGCCUUUCAAGACAUAACUGUGCAACACAUUAUGUGUCACGUACUAACAUAAUUGCACCUCAUUUAUGUAGUACGACACAGCAUUUAGGGGAACUCAGAAGCUUAGUACUCCCUCCAAAAGCCGAAAUAAUGAGUGCACUUACUUAUUUUCAGUUUUGCACUCUAGUAAUGGUAUAUUGCUUAAUUUCAAACAGUAGGCCUAAAUCUGCUAUGUGCAUGUAAUGCCAGCUAUAUUAUAUUUUUUCGACUUGAUUAAAUUCUCCUCUAAAUUUUAAAAAUAGUGUAUAUAUUUGUAUAUUUUAAGGUGUUUUAUACAGGGGUUAUUGCUGUAGCAUCUGCCCUCAAACCAUUGAUUUUAAUUUCCGUAAAAGUUCGUGUUCUAUGUUUAUUUUGUUUAAACUUGUCCUGAAGGUGAUGAUCCUCUAUUCCUAAAUAGUUCCAACCCACUACAUUUUUUUUUCUAACCAUGCAACUAUGCCACAUCAACAAGUCUUGAAAAUUAGUGAUAAAUUACAUCUUUUGAAUUAAUCUAUCCAUGCAACCAUGCCACAUCAGCAAGUCAUGCAUGUGGAUCAAAAGUUACCACAUUGUUUUUAUUUUUUAUUUUUGUGUGUUAUAAUGGAUGGUAUAUGCGUUUCACACAUGGAGCAUAUCUAUGUAGUUCAUGCUCCACAUUUUUGUUGGAAAAUGGCAUUUCAAUAACUUCAGUCCAAAAGUUUUUCUCUUUUUACACACUUCAUAUGAUUUAUUGUUUUUAAAUAUAAAUCAUGAACACUCCUACAAUUGCUUAUGCCUUAGUUAUAUAUCACCAAUUUAUACAUUUCCAUUAACAGGUUUUCCCGCAGCAACGUGUGUGGUAUGAUCUUGUUUUCUAAAUGAUCAUGUUGCACAAAUGAAAUUUAUGUAUUGCCUGCUCUCUGCAAUUAUUUUAGAUGAAACAUUGAUUGGCUGUCAAUUGCUGGUUGUUUCAGAAGUUUCCUCGAGAUAAUUAGAUACUUUUAGCAGCCCCUUCAUUUUCAUCCUAACAACGUUUCGCUUGUUAUCCUUAUCUUGGAAGUUUGAUUUCAAAUUCAUGGGAUGUGGUUUCUUACCCAUAGGACUUUCCAUAGAGUAGCAUUGUUCAUAUUUUUAUCCAGUAUACAAAGACGUCUUGUGAAAUGAAGAUAUCAUUGCUGGUUUGCAUUUCUACUUUCUUUGUUUAACUUAAAAUAAUAGAGGAUGGAAUGGUUACAAAGUAAAUUGGUAGUUUAGUGAAAUUAAGUUUAUCUUUAUAUAGGUUUGUAGGAGAAUACAUGAUCAUUUAAGUCUUGUUCUUUGUUAUUGUGAUAGGUAACUUGCUUUUAUACCGGUAUUGUUCGCUUGUUGGCCUUACUUCAAAUAAACUCGUCAAAUGGCUACCAUUUUUUUUACAAAAAUUAAAAUCAAUGUAGUAUUUGAUUUACUAAUAAAGCAUCUACUUUUAUGCUUCGGCGGUUUGGCGGCAUAUAGGCUUAAUUAACUCACCCAUUAACUAAUUUUUUUGCGCAGAAAAACACUUUUUUGCGGAAUCCAUUAAUUACUUCAUAACAUGGUAGUAAUGCUAUUUUCAGAAGAAAAAAAAACAUGGUAGUAAUGCGAGUGUGGGGCACAUGAAAAUCAAUUCUGCGUUUUGUCUGUGCUUCUUCAUUUCACAUGGAGAUAAUUCUGCUUGGAUGGGAGUUAGACAAGACGCCUGACCUAAGGCAGAUCUAGAAUAUCAAGGGUACUGUACUACCUAACCCUUUUGGUACUGUUAUGUCGAUCGUCAACUUUACCGAACUUGA